ACCAUCCUGGUGCAGAUCUGGUACCCCAUCACCGUGGCAACCAACUCCAGAGAGCAGAAGAAGAUCCUCGCCAAGUAUCUCCUGGAGACUUCUGGGAACCUGGACAAGCUGGCGUAUAAACUCCAUGACUUUGGCUACAGGGGCGUCUCCUCACAGGAGACUGCGGGCAUCGGGGCUUCGGCCCAUCUGGUGAACUUCAAGGGCACAGACACGGUCGCCGGCAUCGGAGUCAUUAAGAAGUACUACGGCACCAAGGACCCCGUGCCCGGCUUCUCAGUGCCUGCCGCAGAGCACAGCACCAUCACAGCGUGGGGGAAGGACCACGAGAAGGACGCCUUCGAGCACAUCAUCAAGCAGUUCCCCAACGUGCCCGUGUCCAUCGUCAGCGACAGCUACGACAUCUACAACGCCUGCGAGAAGAUCUGGGGGGAGGACCUGAGGGCGCUGAUCGUGGCGCGCAGUGCAGACGCUCCACUGGUGGUGCGGCCAGACUCAGGGAACCCGCUGGACACCGUUCUGAAGGUUUUGGAGAUCCUGGGUAAGAAGUUUACUCCAGAGGAGAACUCCAAAGGCUAUAAGGUUCUCCCUCCUUACAUCAGAGUCAUACAGGGAGACGGAGUUGAUAUCAACACACUGCAAGAGAUUGUGGAGGGCAUGAAGCAGCACAGGUGGUCCAUUGAGAAUAUUUCCUUUGGGUCCGGAGGGGCUCUGCUGCAGAAACUGACCAGAGAUCUGCUCAACUGCUCCUUCAAAUGCAGCUACGUGGUCACUAACGGACUGGGGGUGAAUGUGUUCAAAGACCCGGUGGCGGACCCUAACAAGAGGUCAAAGAAAGGUCGCCUGUCCCUGCACCGGACUCAGGGCGGAGACUUUGUCACCCUGGAGGAGGGCAAGGGCGACCUGGAGGAGUAUGGCGUGGACCUGCUGCACACUGUCUUUCAGAACGGAAAGAUGGUGAAGUCGUACACAUUUGACGAAGUCAGAGACAAUGCCAAGCUCACGGACAGUGAUAUCGAAACAUUUCACUGAGUGCAGCAUCCACCUUUAACCCCAAAAACAAAUUCCCUUCCCUACUCCCCUGAACCCGUCACCUUUCGGCCUCUGUCGACACCUCAGAGGUGGCGUGCACUGCUAAUAAAUCCCCCUCCCAAAGCGUGAAAACCCCCUGAAAUAAUCCCAAAAAUCCCUUAAAAUUCACUUGUCUUCACCCUCAGUUCCAAACACUGUUGUUGUUUCUCCAACAGAGGGGGGGGGGGGGGAGAGAAUAAAGUGUGUGCGAGUUACAGUGAGCUGCAAGACAUGUAGAGGGGUAGAAGUGGUGAUAAUGACGACAAACUGUUGUUUCACUCCCAUGCGUCGCUGCCCAAAAUGUAACUUCAGCACAUUGCACUGAAAGGCUAGACAUAUUCCAAUGUAAGAAUGCAAUUGGCCGCCAUUAAGUGGAUAUUUUCAUGUAAGACAAAAGCAAAAUAGUUGAUUGUAAGUGAGUUCCUGGCAGCUGCAUGUGGAGCAAACACAUGGCGAGUCAAAGACAGAGAGGCGGUGAGAGAAAGUUAAAUGUUAAGCCACAUCCCACACCAAUGACCGCGCCCCGUGUAUUGUGUACAAAGCUGUUUAAAAAAACAUACAUGUAUGAAUCUACUUAGCUUUGUCUUUUAUGUGAAGGAAGAACAUGAUGAUCAUUGUAUGUAAUGUAACGGUGCACCGAUAACAUUAGCGGACAGCUGUUGGAAAUAAAAGAUUGGGCAGAUUUACUGUACCUAUGGGCGAUGAAGGAUUUCAUUUCCCCAGUGUUCUGCUUUUUAUCAGUAGCUAAAGCCCAGAUUAUACAAGGCCAACAUCUAUCAAGCACUGCCUGAAUAUUUUGUACUCCUACUUCACCAAAUACAAAUGUUAUGGGUGCACCUGUAAAGGUAUACAAAUGAUCAUCUACUUGCCAUUAUGUUGACCACAGAGCAUUCACAUCAUGAAGGUCUACUCGUACCACAGAAUUCAAGCAUUUGGUCAUCUAAACAUCUGAAAAAGAAGCUAAUUUUUCAGAACUCAAAAUCUUUACAAACUAAAAUGACAAUGCAAGACUUUUCAAAUUGGGUCUUCACGAUGGUGAAUUUUCUGGAUCCAGUCUUUGCUGUAUAAGACCAAGUGUUGAUGUAAAAAAAAAACUGUAAUUUUCUUCACUGGAGUGAAGACUAUGUGUUUAUGAAAGAUUAUGUGGCUCCUCGGCUGAAAUGUAUGUUAAAUGUUGGUUCGGCUGUGUGUGUGCUGAGAUUUUCUUUCUUUAUAGGUUUGUGUUGUAUUCCUAUUAUGCAAAUUGACUUGGUGUUCAGGGGGAAAGGAGAACAUUCUUCCUUUUUACUUUGUCCAGCUUUUAUCCUGAAAGGAGACGCAGCUUGGUGAAAAACUGAUGGCGAUACAGUAGUGACUGUUAUAUCCUUUGGGCAAUGUAAAUGGAUUUUCCUGUUGAAGAGAUGUAAGAGGAUCUAAAGACAUCAUAGGAAAAAGUUGUUUGUUCAGACCAGAAGCAAAAAUAUUUCACCAAAUGUCUCCUUCUUAUCUAAAUUCAAUCUCAAUCUUUAUUUAUUUAUAUAGCACAUUUAAAACAACCUUCAGUUGACCAAAGUGCUGUACAGGCAAUAAGUACAAUAUUAAAUAACACCAUUGGAGUACAAUAAUAAAACAAUAAUUAAAAACAUGAUAAAAAGCACAAUAACUAACAUAUUAAAAAAAAAACACAUACAAAUGUAAAAAUGUAAUGUUCAACUAGUAUUAACAUUCAAAUGUAAACUUUGAUGUAUCACUAAAUUCCAACAAAAUUAACAACUUUCCCCUUUAGCUUAAAUGUUAUGUUGUGCUAAUGAGCAGUUGUUAGCAUGCUAACUUACUAAAUGGUGAACAUGGUAGAGCGGCCACGUUUAGUGUUAGCUGCUAAGGAAAAUUAGCCUGUAUGUCUAAAGUUCUCAAAUGUAAUGAAUGUCCAUUGUUUCAUCUUUAAUAAAUACAUAAAUGUGUCAUAUCUGCUAAACAGCAGCAUGUUAGCAUUGUCUUUGUGAGCAUGCUUACAAUAGCAUUUAGCUCAAAGUUAAGUCUCAAUGAGCUGCUAGCAUGGCGUUUGCUAGCUAGCUAACUAGCUUAAAUGUUUAAUGCUGUGGGUAAUAUUAUUUUAUUCUCUGGCCCACACUUUUUCCAGUCAUUUAGCCACUUUACAUUCAUAGCUUCACAUAUGUUCACCUUGGGAGCUGCUACAUGUUAGCCCCUCGAGCUAACACACGUACAGUCACUUUCUCUGUGAUUUAAGAAAAGACCUUGAAGAGUCCUGUGAUGUCACCAACACAGUUAGCAGUACAUUGAAACAACCUCAGACUGUCCUUUAUUUUCCUAUGGUUUUUUCCCACUGUUUUGUGAGUUUUGGAGUAGGCUAUUUCUUUUCCCAAUUAUGGGGUGCAUUUGAGUAAAACUCUGGUUUAAAAUUUUUUGAUAAUGUCUCAGUUCUUACCUCCGAAAUAUUAUUGUGUAUGAAGGACUCGAGGAAGGAAAAAUGCCAGUAAAUAUAGGCUAUUUACAAACGAUGCGGCCAUACUGCCUUCUCACCUGUACAUACAUCAGCUAGUUUGACUGAAAGCAGAGGGGCAGUUAGGGAGGAGACAACAAAUGCUAUUAUUAUUAUUUGUGUCAACCAUUUUUUGUACCAACAGAAGAAUAUCCAAACCUGCUUUACUGGACUGCCAGUGCGAUGUGCUUAUGUGUGUGAAUGCCUGCCUUGUGUGUCUGACAAACUUUGUGAAUACUUUUUUUUCUUUAUGUUGUUGUUGUUUUACACAUAUGUAAUGUAUAUGUUGGUUGUCCCAAAAUUCUCUCCCAACACGACUUAUAUUUUAACUUGCUAUAUUGUCAACAAUACAUUGAUUAAAGAUGCACCCUGUCAAUUUGGAA